CUUUCAACUCCAGUGAAUCACUUAACGCGUGACGCGGCGAGCUCCUUCCCAUACUCCCGGUAUAAUCGUCCCUGAGCUCCACCUCAAAAUUAGAUGUGAACCUUACAGUAUCAACAUCUGACUUCAGCCGCUUGCAACACUCAUUUGUGCACGUACGAAGAAUCACGUUCUUUAACACUACUCAUCUGCGAUAACUGGUACUGCGAGAUCGUGAUAGGGAUCCUGAUAGGCCGGUCACCACUACCCUGCCGCCUCAAGCAUCCGGAGGUCUUGCUGCGUACCCUUGGAACAUUCAUGGGCGGCCCCUUGCCUCCGGUGGCCUGUCGCUGUCGCUGGCCGAGAAGGUCUUGAAUGCUGUCGUUGCGCCUGUGCGCUGUCUCAUUCGCCUUUCUCAAGGCUGCAGCGCAAGAUGGCUGACAUAACCUCCAUGAGUGUCGAGGAGAUCCAGGAGGAGCUGACAGUGCAAAAGGUUGUCUUAGAGUCCCUUUCUGAGGCAACGUAUGAUGGGGCUGAGGAUAUGAGACAAGAGGCUCACUCGGAGAUCGUUCGCCUCAAGAAGCUUCUUCAAAGCUUGAAACUGAAGAAGGAGCCUGGUACUACCACUGGUGAAUCUCGUCACCACGUCCCCGAAGAUCGUGUCCUUGGAUCAUCAACUCUAGAGGAUGGUGAGCCUGAAGCAUCAAAAGCCAUGCAAUCUCCAUCACGACACGGUGCCUGGCGUUUACCUGACCGAAAGAGGGGUGCCGACUCAGCUCGCCUCUCCUUCCACGACAAUCAUGCGAAGACACGCCGUAUUUCCCCUGAAGAGAAUACCUUCUCGACUACCUUGGCCUACGGCAAUGCUGACGACCACGUCGACUUCAUAGACCUUACUGGGUAAAGUUGCUUGGUAGCAUACUGUCUCCUCCACUGCUGACGGAAGAACACCAGGGACGAUGAUGACAUAGGGUCCGACUUCAUCGCUGAACAAAUUAAGGCCGAGGAGAGACAAAAGCAGGAAUGGGCAGACCAACAGCUCGCGAGACAACUUUCGAGUCAAGGCCCUUCCAAUCAACUUCCAGGCUCACAAUCUUCUCAAAAUAACGCCUUUACACGACUCAUGAACAGUCAGCCUGCCCUUUCUACCACACUUGAUGACACAGACGACGACCUCUUUCGGAUCCCUGGCGCUUAUGAUGCGCGCUGGGACGAUUCUUCAGGCGCCGGGCCAAAUUUCAACAUACCUCAAAGGCGAAUGGUCCCUCAGUACAUACCUAUGGCAACUUCCCCGAACCACAAUGCCAUCAAGGACGACCCGGAUCUUAUCUUCGCAGGAUCCGUUACUCGCCAAAUACCAAGUCCUUCUGGUCGUCCAAUCCUGGCUUCCGGCAUGAACUACCCAGACCUGAGUAGGCGUCAUCCUGGUGCGCCUCGUGCUGGCGUCUGGCCUAAAUAUCACAGCUCACCUGGUUCUUCUUCAAAUUCAUCAGAACUCGCCAAUUUGACCAGAUGGAGUAGCGGAAUUGACUUCGUGAGCGGGCUAGAUGCCGAUGGCAGGCCAAUAAACCCCCAUUUGAUGAGUUACGCGAGAGAAGCGGAGAGUUUCCAUACGCCUCAGCUAGACCAAGGAGAACUUGAUGCUCUCCUGAAAAAUAUCUCUGCUGAUAUGGACCUUCCCAAGGCAGGUCUAGGUGAGGCACCAGAAGGGUUGAAGAGACCCCUGUAUCCUCAUCAGGACAUUGCUCUAGCCUGGAUGAAGAAAAUGGAAUCAGGGACAAACAAAGGUGGUAUUCUUGCUGAUGACAUGGGGCUUGGGAAGACAAUUUCAACACUUUCGCUCCUCUUGGACCGCCGGGCACCCACAAGGCCAAAGACAAACCUCAUCGUCGCCCCUGUGGCUCUCCUACGUCAAUGGGAAGAAGAGAUUGCCACCAAGACCAAACCAACACACCGGCUCUCGGUAUAUGUUCAUCACGGCAAAAAGGCCUCGAUUGAUGAGUUACUUAGAUAUGACGUGGUGCUGACUACAUAUGGUACGGUGGCACAAGAGCUCAAGCGAUUUGAAAAGAUCGUGGAGGAUCAUAAUGAAAGGGGAGGAAACAUCAACUGGAACGACACGACCAUCAGUUCCAAACUAUCACUUCUGCACCCGGUCAAGGCCCAAUUUUACCGUGUCAUUCUUGAUGAGGCACAAUGCAUUAAGAACAAGGAUACAAAGGGUGCCAAAGCCUGCACCCAACUGAAAUCGAUCCACCGGUGGUGUCUGACAGGAACACCCAUGAUGAAUGGGAUCAUAGAACUGUACUCUCUUGUCAAGUUCCUGAGGAUCAAACCGUACUCGAAGUGGGAAGAGUUCCGACAGGGAUUUGGUGUUCUAUUUGGCCGCAAUGGAGACCCUAAGCACGUGGCCAUGGAUAAGUUACAAGCACUUCUCAAAGCCAUCAUGCUCCGGCGUAAGAAAAGCUCAAAGCUUAACGGUAAGCCUAUCCUUGUGCUCCCUGAGAAGACGGAAGAAAUCGUCUACGCCGAACUAUCACCUGAGGAGCGCGAUUUCUAUUCGCAGCUUGAAAAGCAUGCCAGGGUCCAAUUCAGCAAAUAUCUUCGUGAGGGGACGGUCAGUAAGAACUACUCCAACAUUCUUGUUCUCUUGCUUCGCUUGCGCCAGGCUUGUUGCCAUCCACAUCUCAAUCUGGAUGUCGACGAAGCGGCCCCUUCGUCUAUCCCAGAUGAAGAUAAGAAACAGCUCGUCAAAGAAUUGGAUCAAGCUAUAGUGGAUAGGAUCAAGGAGGUCGAGGCAUUCGAAUGUCCUAUCUGCUAUGAUGCCGUUCAAUGCCCCAGCUUUUUUAUUCCCUGCGGCCAUGAUAGCUGCAGUGAAUGCCUUGUUCGGAUUGCAGAGAGCGCUUCGGCGGUUAAUUUGCAGGAAGGAAGUGAAAGCAGCCGGGCUAAGUGCCCCGUCUGUCGCGGCCAAUUCGACCCUGCCAAGUGUUUUUCCUAUGAAACCUUUCGGGAGGUGCACAUGCCGGAAACCGUCAAGAAAGAAUCCGGUAUGGAACCAGCUGACGAUGAAUCUGACUCGGGCGACGACUCAGAAACAGGGUCAGAGUCAGACUACGAGUCAGAUGAUGAGGUAGACAAAAAGGGUAAUCUCAAAGGUUUCAUCGUUAACGACGAACUUUCGGUUGAGGACGAAAAGGUAUCAGUCAAGAAACAGCGCAAAGGAAAGGGGAAACGGAAGGACAAGGGGAAGGGAAAGUCAUUGGAUGUCAAGCCUGCCAUGCUUAAGACCUUGCGCAAGGAGGCUUACAAGAACCGCGAGGCGUUCAAAAAGUACAUGCGUUAUCUGCGCAAAACUUGGGAACCCGCUGCAAAGGUCACGGAAUGCAUGAAACUCAUCAAGCAGAUCGAGGAAACCGGCGAGAAGACCAUCAUCUUUUCUCAGUGGACCCUGUUGUUGGAUCUGCUACAGGUCGCCAUGUCACAUGAGAAAAUGGCUAAACCAGAGAGAUAUGACGGUUCAAUGUCAGCAACUCUUCGCAACGUUGCAGCUCAGAAUUUCCGCGAGCGAAAGGACACCAAGGUUAUGCUGGUUUCCCUCCGAGCUGGAAAUGCAGGCCUGAACCUUACCGCUGCCUCUCGGGUCAUCAUUAUGGAUCCUUUCUGGAAUCCCUAUAUCGAGAUGCAGGCCGUCGAUCGAGCCUAUCGAAUUGGGCAACAACAGGAGGUGAAGGUGUAUCGCAUUUUGACCAAGGAGACUGUCGAAGACCGAAUCGUAGACUUGCAAAACAAGAAAAAAGAGAUGGUUGAGGCUGCACUGGACGAGACUGCAGGCAGCAAGAUUGGUCGUCUCAGCAUCAAUGACCUCAAGAAUCUUUUCGGAUUCAACCGCUAAUAGAUGUAUAUCGACCAACAAAUCGUCUGUCACGAUAUCAACUAUCACAUUGUACAGUAUCAGGGGAUACGACUUGCUUUUUUUUAGACGUGGACGAGUUAUGACAGUUACAGGGCUGAGACCUGACCAUCAUGGGAGCCGAACGACCACCUCGCGGCAUCAAUUCGACUAAGGAUUUUCCUUAAUGCGAUCAUGCGAGCAACGGGAUAUGGACAAUGACUCACCCAAGGGAUAUUUUGGAGUGUGAGCUCAAGGAAAAUGCUUCGCGGAUGUUUGUUCACUGUUAAUUGCAGGCGGUGUGCAUGUUGCUCUAGGGCGAACAACCCGUAGAUGAACUAUGUCAACGUUAGAGAAAUGAUUUCAGUACAUAUCACAUUGUUUCCGGUUGGGAGGUAAAAAUGGACGUGAUUGUAUGUGUAUUCUGGUUCACACCAUGCAAAGACAACUCGUUGCUUCGUAAAUAGAUGUAUCCUGUCUCUAUACUACACCACAGCCGGUGUAACCCUCUUGAGCACCAUCAAAAGCUGGAUAUGUCCACCUUCCUCUCCUAUCCUCUAAGCCGGAAGCGACCAAGUCUUAGAGGUUCAAUUUCGAAACCUCGGUAUCUAUUAUGUCCUGAACAUAUAUUUUGGUAGCGUCGUCUGACCACGUCCAUUCCUGGGACACCAGUUGCCCGUCAACGAUGGACGUACUCUUCAAAUGGAGAGCCGGCUCUUCUGUGACUGUGAAGACCAUCCGACAAUCCUCGUUCUUGGCGUUGAGAAUGGCAUUGCCCUGUAUGCCUUUGGACCAUGGCGGGGGAAGAAUAGCGAGGUAGUGCUCGACGAGAAGGCGUGUGGUAGCAGUGCCGAGGUAAUCAGCCAGUGCAUUUGCAUCUGGAUAUCCUUCCCGAUAUGGUGCACAUGCAGCCGAAAGAGGUGAGUUCGGGGGAGUGAUUACAUAGUAAUAUGUCGCUGUAACAGGCAUGAGGAAUGUCCGGCCGCGGACGGUGAAGCUGACAUUGGGAAGAAUGGUUAGUUUGAUGUUGAACUCAAUGGGCUGAAGCAUAUUCCUAAUCAUGAUCUGCGACGAUGCAAGUUGGUUAGGUCCCUGAUUCGCGGGAUCUGAGUCGGUGAGAGAAAUAGGGGCUGUGUGGAGGACGAAACGUGACGGAAAGCCAGCGCGCUGAAGAGACUGAACGAGGACGCCAAUAUGCUUGGUAACGACUUGGACGUUGUGCAGGUGCAUGAGGCGAGCGAUUAUAGGACGGAGAAGAGCAUGUGUUUGCUGGCCUCUCGAUCGUGGGAUGUGAGGCGGUAUAGGACGAGUUCUCGUGAGCUCGUUCUGCCGAUGAGCGUAGCUAAGGAGGGUAUGCAGCGCAAGGGAUAUCGUCUCAGCGAUCUGGUUAUCAGGAAGAUCAUCAUCUGAAGAAGCUUGAGGGCCAAGCGGCACCAGCUCUAAGAUGACCCUUGAUUUGGAUGCUGGAUCAAUAUCGCAGAUGAGGCGGGAGUCGUAUGGCUUGACAUCGUAUGCUGCAAGGGUGCGAGCUUCGCGUGUCAGUUCGUGCCAUAGCUCUUGUGAGAAGAUGGUAUUUCGGGCUUCAAGAACACGCUCUUCCAAGGGGGCGUCAGCAGCUGUCUCAGCAGGUAAAGCAGAACGGCCGGUAACUUGACCGUCCCUUUCAUAUGUUACAACAACUCGCUCAGAUACUCCUCCUAGCCGGCCGCAAUCAAGCUGAACUGCCCCGCCAUUGCCUCGCCUCAUAGGUGCGAGACUAUUCCUGUACUCGGGCGCAGCUAUUGAU